ACUGGUAGGUUUGAAGGUUAAGUUUUCCACAAAAUGGCUGCACAACGGCUCCUGUUCCCCGUUUUCUUCCUCGUUGAAUCCACCAUGACGCGACGGCAAAGCUCGAUAGCUCGGUGCCAACCCCUAACUACCGGUCAACUACAAAAUCAGGCUCUGAAGCUUGAAAAAUGGCUGAAGAUCUUGAGACGCCACUGCUGGAUCCUGGGAAUUUCAGUAGGGAAGGAGGGAUUGAUCUGGAACGCUUACCAUUGGAAGAAGUUUUCGAACAAUUGAGAACAUCCCAAGGAGGCCUAACCUCUGAAAAUGCAGAGGUUCGAUUGCAAAUAUUUGGCCCAAACAAGCUUGAAGAAAAGACAGAGAACAAAAUUUUAAAGUUUCUCGGUUUCAUGUGGAAUCCUUUGUCAUGGGUCAUGGAAGCAGCAGCAGUGAUGGCAAUUGUCCUUGCUAAUGGAGGAGGGCAAGGUCCUGACUGGCAAGACUUCAUAGGGAUUGUUUGCCUGCUUCUAAUAAAUUCAACGAUUAGCUUCAUUGAGGAAAACAAUGCUGGUAAUGCAGCGGCAUCCCUUAUGGCACGUUUAGCUCCAAAAACAAAGGUCCUUAGAGAUGGCCGUUGGCAAGAGCAAGAUGCAGCUGUUUUAGUACCUGGAGAUAUUAUCAGCAUAAAGCUAGGAGAUAUCAUACCUGCAGAUGCUCGUCUGCUUGAGGGAGAUUCACUGAGAAUUGACCAGGCAAUAUACUUUUCUGAUGAACUAAUUAAUGCGCUACAUAUUUUCUUUUUGUCAGCUCUUACUGGAGAAUCACUGCCUGUCACCAAGAGGACCGGCGAUGAAGUUUUUUCUGGUUCGACAUGUAAGCAUGGAGAGAUUGAAGCUGUAGUGAUAGCAACUGGAGUUCACUCUUUCUUUGGAAAAGCUGCACAUCUAGUUGAUUCAACAGAAGUAGUUGGUCACUUCCAACAGGUUCUUACUUCCAUUGGGAAUUUCUGCAUUUGCUCUAUAGCUGUGGGGAUGCUUCUGGAAAUCAUUGUCAUGUACCCUAUACAGAAUCGUUCAUACAGAGAUGGAAUCAACAACCUUCUUGUGCUAUUGAUUGGAGGAAUACCCAUAGCCAUGCCAACAGUAUUGUCUGUCACACUUGCAAUCGGUUCACAUCGACUCUCUCAGCAGGGCGCCAUUACAAAGAGGAUGACAGCAAUUGAAGAAAUGGCUGGAAUGGAUGUCCUCUGCAGUGAUAAAACUGGAACACUGACACUGAACCGCCUCACCGUUGAUCGAAACCUUAUUGAGGUUUUUCAUAAAGAUAUGGACAAAGACAUGGUUGUCUUGCUUGCUGCCAGAGCAUCAAGGCUGGAGAAUCAGGAUGCCAUUGAUACAGCCAUCGUUAGCAUGCUUGCUGAUCCAAAGGAGGCACGCGCAAACAUCUCAGAAGUACAUUUCAGGCCUUUCAAUCCUGUGGACAAACGCACGGCCAUUACCUACAUUGAUUCUGAUGGCAACUGGUAUCGGGCUAGCAAAGGAUCUCCUGAACAGAUUCUAAACCUCUGUGAAGAGAAGGAACAAAUUGCUGGAAAAGUGCAUGCCAUUAUUGACAAGUUCGCUGAACGUGGCUUGCGGUCUCUUGGAGUUGCUAUUCAGGAAGUUCCAGAAAAAUCAAAGGAGAGUCCUGGUGGUCCAUGGAAAUUUUGUGGCUUGUUGCCUUUGUUUGAUCCUCCAAGGCAUGAUAGUGCAGAGACCAUUCGAAAAGCACUUCACCUUGGGGUUUGUGUUAAGAUGAUUACAGGUGAUCAGUUGGCAAUUGCAAAGGAGACAGGUCGACGACUUGGCAUGGGAACUAAUAUGUACCCCUCCUCAUCGUUGUUGGGCCGUGAAAGGGAUGGAAUUGAAGCCCUUCCGGUGGAUGAGCUCAUCGAAAAGGCAGAUGGCUUUGCGGGUGUAUUUCCUGAACAUAAAUACGAGAUUGUGAAGAUUCUGCAACAAAAGAAGCAUGUUGUUGGAAUGACUGGAGAUGGUGUGAAUGAUGCACCUGCUUUAAAGAAAGCAGAUAUUGGAAUAGCAGUUGCAGAUGCUACAGACGCAGCAAGGAGUGCUUCUGAUAUUGUAUUGACAGAGCCAGGCUUAAACGUGAUUAUCAGUGCUGUUUUAACUAGCCGAGCUAUAUUCCAAAGAAUGAAGAACUAUACAAUAUAUGCUGUCUCCAUAACAAUUCGGAUUGUGCUUGGUUUUACGCUCCUGGCAUUGAUAUGGGAAUACGACUUCCCACCUUUCAUGGUUUUGAUAAUAGCAAUAUUGAAUGAUGGUAAUGUUCGAAUGUGGUUAGACUUUGCGUUUUCCUAUCUCUGUGCUGGUUACGUUUCUUUGGGAUCUGUAUCAGGGACCAUAAUGACUAUUUCCCAAGACAGAGUAAAGCCAUCUCCUGGACCUGACAGUUGGAAGCUUGAUGAAAUAUUUGCAACUGGCGUUGUCAUUGGCACUUAUCUUGCUUUAGUUACUGUUUUGUUUUACUGGGUUGUAGAAGGCACUUCUUUCUUUGAGGACCAUUUUCAUGCAAGGUCCUUAUCCGGAAAUUCUGAAGAAAUUUCUUCUGCUAUAUAUUUGCAAGUCAGCAUUAUCAGCCAAGCUCUUAUAUUUGUUACUCGAAGUCAAAGUUGGUCAUUCAUGGAGAGGCCUGGGACUCUCCUGAUGUGUGCAUUUGUGUUGGCUCAACUGGUCGCUACCUUGAUUGCAGUCUAUGCAGAGAUAAGCUUUGCUUCAAUUAGUGGCAUUGGAUGGGGAUGGGCAGGUAUUAUAUGGUUAUAUAGUUUGAUUUUCUACAUUCCCCUCGACGUAAUCAAGUUUGCAGUUCGCUAUGCUUGGAGUGGAGCGGCUUGGAAUCUAGUGUUUGAUAGGAAGACGGCUUUCACAUCUAAACAUGAUUACGGAAAGGACGAUAGAGAGGCUAAGUGGGUACUUUCUCAAAGAACAAUCCAAGGACUGAUGUCUGGAGAGUUGGAAAUCAGUAGGACAUCUUCUCUGAUUGCUGAACAGGCCAGGCGUCGUGCUGAAAUAGCCAGGCUACGAGAAUCGCACACUUUGAGAGGACAUGUAGAGUCAGUGGCAAGGCUUAAAAAUUUGGACUCUCGAAUAAUUCAGGGGCCUUAUACGGUCUAAAGCCAUGGCAUGCAUACAAAAUCUGUCUGGUACAAAGUUUCUAGCAAAGAUAUACACAGAGGAAAUUGGGCAAUAUACACAAGAGAUGUGCCACGGUUUUGAUGGAAAUGAUUGCAGUGAUCUAGAUGUUUACAUUCUAUGUUUUGGAUUCCAGAGCUUUGGAGGGCAUCUAGAAUACAGCACAAUUUAUUGCUGAUCAAAAAGAAAUAUAGCCCAAUUUACAAUUUAUAAGGGCGUUUCCAGUGUGUAUCACAUCUUUUUGACAGAGGUAUGCACUACUUGUGAGUUGUUUGGGAACCUUAACUUCAGCUUAGCCAAUCGAUACAUGCUUGGCCCA